CAAACACUGUUACUAAUCAUCAUUUCAAUCGCAAAUUAAUAUUGCUGCAGUAGACCGAAUUGCGUUUCUUCCCCUUCCUCAAUUACUCAGUCAGUUAAUAGUCGUCUUCAUUUCAGUGCUCCACUAGUUGAAUUCAAUUGUACCACUAGCGCGGAAUCCGAUAGCAGCGUCUUCAGUAUGGUUGACUUGAAAAAAAACGACAUUCUUGAUUUGAUUAUCAUUGGUAUGGGACCAGCUUCCCUGUCAAUUUUAAUUGCCGCUUAUGAACAUUCCUCUCAACCAUUGAAAGAGAGAAGAAUUCGCGUCUUUGAGAAACAGCAGGAGUUCUCGUGGCACAGAGGCAUGCUUAUUCCUGGAUCCAACAUGCAGAUUUCAUUUGUUAAGGAUCUUGCUAGCCCUCGAAACCCUCGCUCCUACUUUUCUUUUCUUAAUUUUCUUCACGUACAUGGCUGCGAGCGUUUCCACGGUUUUUUGAACAUGUCUGUCAUGGAACCUUCCCGUAGCGAGUUUCACGAAUAUCUGUCCUGGUGUGCUAGCCAUUUCGAAUCGCUUGUUCAGUACGACAGCGAAGUAGCCAGCAUGGACUAUGACGAGUCGAGUGAUACAUACACCCUUAGUGUCAAACAAUCUGACGGAACAUGCAAAAGUGUACGGACAAAGAACGUGCUCGUGGCUACUGGCGGUCAGCCAUGUAUUCCUGAACAGUUUCGCAAACUCAAUACAGGUCGUAUUCGUCACUCUAGUGAAUUCAUGUAUCCGGAAAGCCAAAGCUACCUUCAGAACGCCAAACACGGUGUGCUCGUUGUUGGAGCAGGCCAAUCUGCCGCUGAAAUUUGGCGUCACUGUCAUAACAACGUACCUUUAAAGUUGCCGGUACACAUGAGCUUGCGUUCUCUCGCUCCGUUACCCAGCGAUUCGAGUCCAUUCAUUAAUUCCUUAUUUUUUGAUCCAGACCGUGCUCAAUGGUGGUACCGCCUGCCUGAAUGUCAACGUCUUCCAGGUCUUGCUUCUGGUCGAGGAACAAAUUACGGAGUCGUUAAAGAAGGAUUGAUUGAGGAAAUGUUCCGUAUAGUAUAUGACCAGAAACGUUAUACGUCUCAACCUACACACACACUCCUUCCAUACUCAUUUGUUGAUGAUAUUGAACCUGUGGAAGAUGGAUUAGAGGUGACGAUUACUUUUCAGGAUCCCCAGAGAAAGCCCACCAAACUUGUCCAGAAGUACGACGUCGUUUAUUUUGCAACCGGCUAUAACCACAAUGGUGGACAUGAUCUCAUCAGAAAGUUUAUUCCUCCCGGCGAAAAGGCCAUCGUUCAUGAAAACUAUGUUCUGAGUUCUGAACCUAGUAAGCAAGGUCACCUAUACCUUGUCGGUUUAAGUGAAUCUCAACAUGGCAUUGGUGAAACGCUUUUGAGCUGGGCUGCUGUUCGUGCCGGUAACAUCGUUAACUCCAUAUUCGGUCCGAACAAGUCCACCGAAGAUUUUUCUUUAUAAGUGGAUGAAACACUGUAUACUUACUGUUUUAUUAUAUAUUCACAAAAGACUCGCCAUCGAUCUGGCGUGAAAGAACAGACAUUGUGGAUCACUUAUGUCUUUUGUUUUGUUUUGUUUAAUGGUGUAGCCUAAGAUAUUGUAUUCUUGUUUGUUAUAACGAUAUUGAGACACUAGCUCUAUUUAAUGAUAGGUUUAUAAAUCAUUAUACGAGAAUAUAUGGUAUGCGCAUACAUUGAUAUAAUUUCUCUUCGUUGCAU